GACUCAACACUAGACUACACAAACCACACACAUCCUCAAGCGAGCAAAAUCUCCUGGCUUCUUCAUGGACUCGUCUCAAAACGACGGCGUAAACCAACCGCUUCUCCAGCCUCACGCUGAUCAUGGAACGGAAUCAAGCAACGGCGAGCUAGAGAGAGUACUCUCCGACGUCGAAACUCCUCUGUCUAGUCGCCUUCGUAAAGCAACGAUGAUUGAAUCGAAGCUUCUCUUCAAGCUCGCUGCUCCCGCCGUCAUCGUCUACAUGAUAAACUACUUCAUGUCCAUGUCCACUCAAAUCUUCUCCGGCCACCUCGGAAACCUCGAACUCGCCGCAGCUUCUCUCGGAAACACCGGAAUCCAAGUCUUCGCCUACGGUCUCAUGCUAGGAAUGGGUAGUGCGGUGGAGACGCUGUGUGGACAAGCGUUUGGAGGAAGAAAAUACGAGAUGCUCGGCGUUUACCUCCAGAGAUCCACCGUGUUGCUUACUCUCACCGGCGUUCUACUCACCAUAAUCUACGUCUUCUCCGAACCGAUCUUGCUUUUCCUCGGAGAAUCGCCGGAGAUAGCUUCCGCUGCGUCUCUCUUCGUCUACGGUUUAAUCCCUCAGAUCUUUGCCUACGCAGUGAACUUCCCGAUACAGAAAUUUCUACAGUCGCAGAGCAUCGUUGCACCGAGUGCUUACAUUGCGACCGCAACGCUUUUCGUUCACCUUCUCUUGAGCUGGCUCGCUGUUUACAAGCUAGGCAUGGGGCUUCUUGGUGCGUCUCUCGUGCUCAGUCUCUCGUGGUGGAUCAUUGUGGUGGCUCAGUUUGUUUACAUCGUGAUGAGCGAGAGGUGUCGUGAGACGUGGAGAGGGUUUAGUGUUCAGGCGUUCUCGGGUUUGCCGAGUUUUUUCAAACUCUCCGCCGCCUCUGCCGUGAUGCUCUGUCUUGAGACUUGGUAUUUUCAGAUCUUGGUUCUUCUCGCCGGACUUCUUGAGAAUCCGGAACUUGCGCUCGACUCUCUCUCCAUUUGCAUGACAAUUGCAGGUUGGGUGUUCAUGAUAUCUGUUGGAUUCAAUGCAGCAAUAAGUGUGAGAGUGAGUAAUGAACUUGGAGCUGGGAACCCUAAAUCUGCAGCGUUUUCUGUAAUCAUCGUCAACAUUUAUUCCUUAAUCACAAGUGUGAUCUUAGCUAUCGUUAUUUUGGCAUGCCGUAACAUUUUGAGCUAUGCAUUCACUGAUGGUGAAAAAGUCUCGGCCGCAGUUUCUGAUCUCUGCCCUCUUCUUGCUUUAACACUUGUCCUCAAUGGGAUCCAACCAGUUCUCUCCGGUGUCGCGGUUGGAUGCGGUUGGCAAACGUUUGUGGCAAAAGUUAACGUUGGAUGUUACUACUUUAUCGGAAUUCCUCUUGGGGCUCUCCUUGGUUUUUACUUCAAUUUUGGUGCCAAGGGUAUAUGGACGGGGAUGAUAGGUGGUACGCUUAUACAAACAGUUAUUUUGGCGUGGGUCACGUUUAGAACAGACUGGGUAAAAGAGGUGGAAGAAGCUUCCAAAAGAUUGGACAUAUGGAGCAACAAGAAACUAGAAGUGAAUCUCGAGUGAUGAAAGUUUUUUGUGUUUUUGGUAUCCAAUGAACCAAUUGGAUACAUCGGCUUAGUAUCAACCUAUGCAAAUGCUCAAGAUUAUUGGAGACCUGGUAAUGUAUAGGUCGACAUGGAUCCUCUACAAUUCGAUUUUAGUUUUCAUUAAAUUAUGUGCUGGCUUAAACAAAAAAAUACCAGGUAGGUGAUGUGAUUUGUAUACCAGAUUAAAAUGGUUGUCGCUUUACUUUUUUUUUGCUUUACUAUUUUUGAUUUGCAUAAUGCGUAUGUCUCUCAGUCUCUCCAAAAUCAUAAUGUCUUAGAGAGAUGGAUCUUAGUUGUUUUUGUUAUAUUAGAUGUUGGUUCCGCGCUAUAAUUAAGUCGAAUGACAUAUCAUCUUUGAAGUUGUAC